AUGCGGCAAGCUCGGAUACCCAGCAUCAUCUACAACAAGGCACGGCUAUGUAUUGCGUUGUCGAUCGUCAUCCACACGAUCAGCCUCUUCGUGGAAGGUUGGUAUUGGCCUUGGCAGCGGAACGCUGCCUUUGGCGUCUUCGCGGUGGGCGGCCUUGUCCUGUGCAUCUACGACCAGUACAUGUACGCCAUAGGCGGCGUAGGGUUCGCGGUAUGUGCGCUGUUCGACCUCUUCGCCGUUUUGCGAUGGAUCACGGAUGACGAUAACAUUGUCGAGGGUGACGACUCUUUCGACGGAUCGAGCGAAGGCACUACUGCCCUCUGGUACGCCUUGCCCCCUCUUCUCGGAGCCAUCACCAUGGGCCUGGGUGCUAUUUUUUCCUUCACGGCGGUGUUCUUCUGGGAGGACGGUGACUGCACGGCCAUGCCCCACGAGGGCAAGACCGUGGAGCUCGGACUAGCACCGAUCGCUGCGCACCCAGGGGCGCCACCCCGCGCAUACUACCCACAGUCGCCACACCCGGUGUAGCGAUGAUAACCUGUCGUCUUCGGCAAACGUGGUGGCCGGUAGUUACGACGAGGACAAAAUCGUGACAGAUACAACCAAUCUUGAUUGCAAGGCCACAGGCGAAGAGACGCCCAUUGACAUCGUCCUUUGGCAACGGGAAACUCCUGCCGAGAGUGCUAUAGACACAUACCGGGGAGAGCAUUGGUGGAUGUAGGUGGAUCGCUCGUUGUGAAAUGUUCAAGAUGGUUAGUUCUUGCCUUCCGUGCCUUCGAUUCAGUAGCAUUUCGUGGUGGGUUGGUGUAUGAUAGAUGUACCAUAAUUCUUGUGGUAAUCGCUGGUCGGCCAGCUUCUCUUCUUGUACAUUCACUUAUACAGUACUGACAUUUUUCACGGACAGUAACUCAAGCAAUGAAGAAAGGAAGACGGGACAUCUUGACAAAGGUGGUGCUCGGCGGAAUCGUUCCCUGGGUUGCGGAGACGCCGUGGUCUCGUCACCCAAGCAAUCGCAUCGCAUCAUCGACUGGACGUUCGAAUGCUUACCCGAGGCCACUAGGGUUAAUGCCGAUACCACUUCUGCGUCGGCGCCAGAGGACGAGUCUUGCAAAUUGUUUGAUUACGAGGGCAAGACGGCCCGUCGUUGCGGAUUGUGUUGAGUAGAACCGAUGGUUCCGGUGGCAGGUAGCCAUUAGAUGGCCAGACGCACCGGUUUUUGUGUACUCGUUCUGGGUUUCUCGCAGUAGACCGACGCCUGGUACUCGGGUGGUGGAAUUCGCCGGGAAUUUUCUGCUACAUGACUGACGUGUUAGAGCUCUCCCACGACCACACGUCUUGGGCCGAUGGGAUCGUAGCCGAGCAGGUGUGUAGAGCUACGGAUCACGUAAAGCUUCAAGUACCGGUAGAGCAGGAGACACCUCCGCCGAUACCCCCGCCGGAUGCCGUAUUCCCUCAGGCUCAGGAUGGGGGCGUUCAGGCUCGUUUUGGAUCAAGCGUGGUGUAGACGAUGCUGUUGUUACUGCUUGGAAGUGAUGUGGACGCUAAACGGUGCACAGCAGUGCAAAGGAUCGUC